UCGGCCGCUGGUGUGUGGAUGGUGGAGACAUCCGUCUACCUCUCGGGAUCACGGCGGCAUCUUCUCCGCCUUCCCCCACUUUCCUGAGAAGGUGAAGCGGCCUCUAUAAUAACAGCGUCCGCCGCUAUGAGGCGAGUAACGGGGAAGGCGAAGGAUGAAACUUUGAUCGAGCUGCAGAGCGCCACGGAUUUAGAGACCACAGAUGAAAACAAUGGAAAUGGCGUCAGUUCAUUAUCUGAACGGACGUUGCCUGGAAAUACAGAAACUGAAAAGCUUCAACCAAACAAAGACACAGUUUUCUUCAGGGACGGACUUCGAAGGAUAGACUUUGUCUUGUCUUACGUGGAUGACAAAGAUGGAGAAAAGAAACAGGAAAGGAGGAGGGAGUUUGAGGCCAACCUUGAGAAAACCGGACUGGAGCUGGAGACAGAGGACAAAUCAUACUCUAAAGACCAGAAGACGUAUUUCCUGAAGAUCCACGCUCCAUGGGAAGUACUCACCACCUACGCUGAUGUCUUAAAAGUCAAAGUUCCCUUCAAGGAGAGUGAUAUCCCCCACGCCCAGGAGGUCCCACUGGAGUGGCUAUCGCAUCCUUUCCGUCUGCCGGACUAUAUAAUGCACCCACAACCGGACUACUUCACCUAUCCCUUCGACAAGAACAAGACGGACUUCUUCCUCAUCAAUGACAAAGACUCGUUCUUUCCACCGUCCACGAGAAACAGGAUUGUGUUCUACCUCCUGGCUCGUUGUCCGUACUUUAAAGAGGGUUGCAAAGAGAAAGACAAGACGGGAAUCAAGCGAUUAAUCAGCAACGGGACCUACACAGCUGCCUUCCCACUUCAUGAUUGUCGAUACUGGAAAAGGGCUAGAGACGCUAAAUGUGAGAGCGAGCGCUUCAACCUGUACAGCCACUGGGCCAGGUUCCUUUGUUUUUACAAAGAGCAGCCGCUGAACCUCAUCAGGAAGUACUAUGGGGAAAAGAUCGGGAUCUACUUUGCCUGGUUGGGCUUCUACACAGAGAUGCUGUUUGUCGCAGCCGUCAUGGGCGUCAUAUGCUUCACCUAUGGAGUGCUCAGUUAUGAUGACAACCAAUCAAGCAAAGAAAUAUGUGACGCUAGUAUUGGGGGCAGCAUUCUGAUGUGUCCACUUUGUGAUAAAAAAUGUCCUUUCUGGAAGCUCAACUCCACUUGUCUCUCAUCCUGGCAAUCCCAUCUGUUUGAUAAUGAGGGGACGGUGUUCUUUGCCAUAUUUAUGGGGAUUUGGGUGACCCUGUUUCUGGAGUUCUGGAAGCGGCGUCAGGCGCGGCUGGAGUACGAGUGGGACCUGGUGGAUUUUGAGGAGGAGCAGCAGCAGCUUCAAAUGCGCCCAGAGUUCGAGAUCAGAUGCACCAACAGGAGACUGAACAAGAUCACCCAGGAAAUGGAGCCUUAUCUCCCCAUCACCAGCAAGUGUGCUCGCUUCUGCCUCUCCACAGCCACCGUCAUAUUCUGGAUCUCUCUUAUAGUGGCCUGUAUCAUCGGGGUGAUAGCGUACAGACUUGCCGUGUACGCCGCCUUCGCCAGUAUCAUUAAAGACCCCAUGAGGAAGAUCCAGGUGGUGGGCAGGUUCAUCACGCCGCAGCUGGCGACUUCUGUCACCGCCUCCUGCAUCAACUUUGUCAUCAUCAUGAUCCUCAACUUCUUUUACGAGAGGGUGGCCAUUUGGAUCACUGAUAUGGAAAUCCCAAAGACCCACCUGGAGUAUGAGAACAGGCUGACCAUGAAGAUGUUUAUGUUCCAGUUCGUCAACUACUACUCCUCCUGUUUCUAUGUGGCCUUCUUCAAAGGGAAAUUUGUGGGUUAUCCUGGUGACUAUUCCUACAUGUUUGGCAAAUGGAGCAAUCUGAGGAACGAGGAGUGUGACCCUGGCGGCUGCCUCAUUGAGCUGACCACACAGCUGGUGAUCGUCAUGGCCGGGAAACAGUUAUGGGGGAACAUUCAGGAAGCUCUGCUGCCUCUGAUGCGUAACUGGUGGAGCGGCAGGAAGGGGCGGCACCAUCCUGAAAACCAUUACAGCCGCUGGGAGCAAGACCACGUCCUGCUGAACUUCACCCAACUGGGCUUGUUCUACGAGUACCUGGAGAUGGUCGUCCAGUUUGGCUUCAUCACGCUGUUCGUGGCCUCCUUCCCCUUGGCUCCGCUCUUGGCUCUGUUCAACAACAUCCUGGAGAUCAGGGUGGACGCCUGGAAGUUCACCACCCAGUUCAGACGGCCGGUGGCGUCCAAGGCUCGAAACAUCGGCGCGUGGCAGGAGAUCCUCAACGCGGUGGCCAUUUUAUCCGUUGUUACCAAUGCGUUUAUCAUGGCGUUCACCUCAGACAUGAUCCCCCGGAUGGUCUAUCUGUACGCCUAUGGUAAAAACGUAAGCAUGAUGGGCUACGUCAACAACAGCCUGUCAAUAUACAACAUCUCUCAAAUCCCUGACCGCAACAUGCCGGAGGAACUGGAUUACUCGUUUGAGAACUUGACCUCAACCUGCAGAUACCGUGAUUACCGUUACCCUCCAGGCCACGACAAGGAGUACACUCACACCAUGCAGUUCUGGCACAUCCUAGCUGCCAAAAUGGCCUUCAUUAUCACCAUGGAGCAUGUGGUCUUUGUGGUGAAGUUCUUCGUGGCGUGGAUGAUCCCGGACGUGCCGUCGGACGUGAAGGCGCGGUUCAAACGAGAGCGCUACCUGAUCCAAGAGUACCUGCACAACUACGAGGUGGAGAGGCUCAAAAUCCAGCUGAGCGCCAGUUUCAACACGGCACCGCUGUCAGAUACGUCAUUGAUAUCGGACACGCAUGAGGUGUUGUCUGAGUGCCUGUAGCCGCGGCUUCACCCCUCCGACUAAACAAGCCAAGAAAUGGACACGUGUGGGACUCGGGGCUGAUCAGAACAUCCAUAUGAUCCAUGAGUAAGGGCUUUCGUCUUGGGGAUAAAAGCGCUGCUAUCUUUUAAAUGUACAUUAUCAUCCGGUCAAAUAUGCUCCUGUGAGAGGAAGUAGAGAUGAAUCCGAAAAACAAAUCCAGUGCCAUGUUUCACUGUGCUUCGUACUUUAAAUCAGCUUCUUGAGUGACUGAAACUUUUCUGUGCCAUAAAGAAAUGUCGGAAGGUGUCGGGACGGAUACGAGUGUAGCUGCAGUUUGUAUCGUUCUCCACGUGAUGCAUUCAAACUCAUGACUGAGAGACUCUGUAUGUGCUUGUAGAGUUUAAGCUAGUGGUGUUUACCGUGUGAAAUUAGUUGUAAUUUCCCUUUAAAUUUGCUGGAUAUGCUAACAAUUUCCUUUCUUUUUUUUGCAUCUGGUUCAUCUACUGAGAAAACUGAGAUGAGGUCGUACUUGUUUAUAGUUGUGGAGUAGUUUGAAUGGUAAUUGUGGCUGGAAGCUCAUAUCAUUACAUGAAGAAUGUAGAAAACACUUAUAAAAGGUUUCAAUAUAUCAGAUCUGAAACACAUUUAUAAUAUAAGAGAAUUAAAUAGUCAGUGCUUAAUCCUCAGACAGUUUCACUCAAUUUCCUUUUAAAUAAUUUUUUGAAUCGGGAGCUGCAUAAUAUUAGCUCCCACUUAUCUGUAGCUGGGCUAUGAGACUGUCAGAUUUUAGUUUUCAGUGUGUUAUAUUUAGGGGAAAGCUCUUAAAAACUGUGCAUUUGAAAACAGAGUACCUCCGUUUACACUUCAGCGAGACAGAUGCUGCAGGUUCAUCUUCCAAACGUGUCCCCAAUCUGCUCCGGGACCAAUGACAAGACUCCUAACCCAAAGAAACAAAUAACAUGUUGGAAGAUCUCCGGACAGAUCUUCAGUUUUAAUACAAUCAAUGUGUGUGGACGGGUUCAGCUCGGUCGUGUGUCGCCCUCACUCGUCGUCUGGAGGCAUAAACAGUUGUAACCUUGAUUUCUGAGAUAAUCACACAAGAGAAGGAACACAUAAGAAAUAUAAACUUAAUGCCUUUAGUAACCUCAUCCUCUCUGGAUAUUAAGUGUUGCUUUGGAUAUAAAAAUAUGUUAUCUAUUUUUAUUGGUUGUAGAGCGAUUAAUUUAUUGAUCUGUUCUGCUCUGUGACCUGAAUUCUUUUUAUUUACAACCAUCUCAACAUUCUCAUUUUAAGAUGUUUUAUUAUACGUCUUCUUGUGACACUUAAUUUUUUUUUAAUUUGUCGCCACCAAACAGUGUUAGCGCAUAAAGUUGCUCAAGUGCAUUUUUAUGCUAUUGAUUUCAACGUUGUCGAGGGACCAGAGAAGUUAAAAACCCGUGGGAAACACAGGUUCAGAAAUGUGAUUAUAAUUCUCGACAGCAGAUAAUUUAUCUGACACAGUGAAGCUUUUUAUCUGCUUCUGCUCUUGAUCUUUCUGUGUUUGUAUCGAGACUUAUAUGUGAUUUACACUGUAAUUGAUGCAGUUGUGAUUCCAGCUCACAGCAAAUUAUAUCUGACAUAUUGACCUGAUUUACUCUAAUCUGAUUUCCUCUAUAAUCUCAGGAUUAAACCUCUUCCAGUGUCGGUCGAGCAUCACUUUUUGACACGAUAUGCAGAUGUCAGACAUGUGCGAGGGGUUAGGUCGGUGCAUGAUCCUGUAAGAUGCUCGCUGUACCGUAUUUCCCAGCAAACAAAUGCCUUAAAUGUCUGUGUUUACUUGUUUUUGUAUGAUUUUGUAACGGCAGCGUUUCCUGUCUGACUUCAAAACCUGUUCCAUGUGCAAUUUGUUGCUGCUGCUUGUAUUUGCAAAGUAGUUGUUUUGUCUGGUUUGAAUUUCUGUAAAUAUUGUGUCUGUUAUAUUCUAACCUUACUGUAGCCUAUUGUACAGAAACGCAGUAAAGGUGGUUAUGUCCACAAUAAAUAAAGACAUACAAAGUA